AUGCCUUGCUCUAAGAAGCCUGAUUACUUACAGAGUUUGAGCCUUCUGCAGUGGCCCUUGAGCUACCUUGCCAUCUUUUGGAUCCUGCAGCCAUUGUUCUUUGGCCUGCUGUUCACACCCUUGUGGCUGCUGCCAACACUUUACUUUGUCUGGUUACUCCUGGACUGGAAGACUCCAAAUCAAGGUGGCAGGCGUUCAGCCUGGGUAAGAAACUGGUAUGUCUGGAGCCACAUCAGGGACUAUUUCCCUAUUACAAUCAGGAAGACAAAGGACCUGUCACCUUCACACAACUACAUCAUGGGGGUCCAUCCCCACGGUCUCCUGACCUUCGGCGCCUUCUGCAACUUCUGCACUGAGGCCACAGGCUUCUCGGAGACCUUCCCAGGCAUCACUCCUCACUUGGCCACGCUGUCCUGGUUCUUCAAGAUCCCCAUUAUUAGGGACUACCUCAUGGCCAAAGGAGUGUGUUCUGUGAGCCAGCCAGCCAUCGACUAUCUGCUGAGCCAUGGCACUGGAAACCUCGUGGGCAUCGUUGUGGGAGGAGUGGGAGAGGCCCUGCAGAGUGUGCCUAACACCACCACCCUCCUUCUCCAGAAGCGCAAAGGGUUUGUGCGCACAGCUCUCCAACAUGGAGCUCAUCUGGUCCCUACUUUCACGUUUGGAGAAACUGAGGUAUAUGACCAAGUGCUGUUUCAUAAGGAGAGCUGGAUGUACAAGUUCCAAAGCUUCUUCCGCCGGAUCUUUGGUUUCUAUUUCUGUGUCUUCUAUGGACAAGGCUUCAAUCAAGGUUCCUUGGGACUCCUACCAUACCACAAGCCCAUUGUCACUGUAGUUGGGGAGCCUUUGCCCCUGCCCCGUAUUGAAAACCCGAGUCCAGAGAUGGUGAACAAAUACCAUGAGCUCUACAUGGAUGCCCUACACAAGCUGUUUGACCAGCAUAAGGUCCAGCACGGCUGCUCCAACACCCAGAAGCUGCUUUUCUUGUGA